AUGCGCGCGACCGCGCGCGCGACGGCGACGGCGCUGGCGCACGCGGACGCGGACGCGGGCGGGACGUACGCGUUCGAGCGCGAGACGACGGUGACGCGCGUCGCGACGCGCGACGACGGCGGACACGAGAUGACGCUGGCGUCCACGAUCGCGCACCCGGCCGGAGGCGGGCAACCGAGCGACUCGGGACGGGUCGUCGGCGCGAACGGGCGAGCGUGGGCGUUCGACGCGGCGACGCGGCGGCGCGAGACGGGCGAGGUGGCGCACGCGGGAAGGACGAAGCCGCCGUUCGAGGUCGGCGAUGCGUGCCGAGUGACGAUCGACGGCGCGAAGCGCGUGCUGCACGCGAGGAUACACUCCGCGGGACACGCGCUGGACGUGGCGAUGAUUCGCGCGGGGUUGCCGCCGACGACGCUGACGCCGACGAAGGGGGUCCACGAACCGGCGCUGGCGUACGUGGAGUAUAAAGGGAAAGUCGACCCGGAGCACGAGUUGGCGGACGCGAACGCGCUGAUGGCGCGAUUGAACGCGGAGAUGGCGAAGUUGAUCGCGGAAGACGGGGCGUCGGCGGCGGCGGAGAUGACGUACGACGAGGCGAAGGCGGCGUGCGGGGGAGAGCUGCCGGCGUUCAUCGCGCCGGAUAUGACGCCGAGGAUCGUGACGAUCGUGCCGGAUACUCCAGGGUGUCCUUGUGGGGGGACGCACGUCGCGAGGAUGUCGGAGAUUCAGGAUUUUAAGAUGACGGGCGUGCGCGUGAAGAAAGGAGUCACGAGGCUUUCGUACGCUAUUCCUGGAAUGGCGACGUGGUGA